UUGGGACCGGACAUAGCCUCGAUGGGAUUACCAUCUUCAUUUAGCGAUUCACGCAAUGCUAAAGAAGUAAAUGAAAAAAUUGAUAAAUUCAAUAAUGGGACUGGGGAGAUAGAUCUUAAUGGAUUGGACGAUGAUGAGUUGGAUAGUUAUAUUUUGUCAGAAACAGAAGCUGGGAAGAAAAAAGUUAUGGGGAAUUCUGUGAACGCUGAAUAUUUGGAAUUGCAAAAAGAAAAAGAGGAAAAAAGACUAAAAGCUAUAGAAGAAGGAAAGCCGGAAAAGAAAAAACGUAGAACUGGAAACAGAAAAAAACAGUCUGUACCAGCUAAUACUACUGGCGAAGCUAUUGAAAAAAUAUUGCAAGAGAAGAGAAUAUCGUUGAAAAUUAAUUAUGAUGUUUUAGAAACAUUGAAAGUUAAUAAGAAUAAUACGCUGAGUAAUAGUAAAAAAGACGCAGAUGGAGAAACUGCAAGAAAUAGGUUAGAUAGUGUAUCGGAAAAUGAAGAUACUGAUAAAGAUGUUAAAUCAGUGGUGGAUACGAGAACUGACGGAGAACAUCACGAAGAUGCUGAUGCUGAUGCUGAUACUGGAGAACAAGUUGAGGAUGAAGAAGAAACCGUAGGUUACGAUUAUGAUGAUGAACAUUUGUCUGCAAGGAAUAUUUUAAAACAAUAUUCGAAAGAAGAUGAUUUUGAUGAUUAUGCGGACGAUUAUGAAGGUGAAGAAUAUUAGA